AGAGCUCCCAACCGCCCGCGCCCGCUGCUAGGCAGCGGCGGGGAUGGCGAGCCGCGGAGCCCGGGCGGUGACGAUAGCAGCAGUUCCGCCAUUGGACGAGGAGGCCUGAGGGACGGGCCAGCCUGGUGAACAAGGAGAUACCGAGGCGGGUGGCCCCGAGAGAGCGAGGGCAAUGGAGGCUAACAUGCCGAAGCGGAAGGAGCCCGGCAAGUCCCUGCGCAUCAAAGUCAUCUCCAUGGGCAACGCCGAGGUGGGAAAAAGCUGUAUCAUAAAACGGUACUGUGAGAAAAGAUUUGUGUCUAAAUAUCUUGCAACAAUUGGAAUUGACUAUGGAGUCACAAAGGUACAAGUCAGAGACCGAGAAAUCAAAGUUAACAUCUUUGAUAUGGCUGGACAUCCCUUCUUCUAUGAGGUUCGUAAUGAGUUCUACAAGGAUACGCAGGGUGUAAUACUGGUCUAUGAUGUGGGCCAGAAGGACUCCUUCGAUGCCCUUGACGCUUGGCUGGCAGAGAUGAAGCACGAUCUGGGGCCUCACGGAAACAUGGAGAAUAUCGUGUUUGCGGUGUGUGCCAACAAGAUUGACUGUACCAAGCCCCGCUGUGUGGAUGAAAGUGAAGGACGUCUCUGGGCUGAAAGCAAAGGGUUCUUGUACUUUGAAACUUCGGCACAAACCGGAGAAGGAAUCCAUGAGAUGUUCCAGACCUUCUACGUAUCCAUAGUUGACUUAUGUGAAAAUGGCGGGAAACGCCCUGUCCCGAACAGCAGUGCUAGUUUCACCAAAGAACAAGCAGAUGCCAUUCGCAGAAUUCGAAACAGUAAAGACAGCUGGGACAUGUUGGGAGUCAAACCUGGGGCCUCAAGGGACGAGGUCAACAAAGCCUACCGGAAGCUGGCGGUGCUGCUUCACCCCGACAAGUGCGUGGCGCCUGGCAGUGAAGACGCCUUCAAAGCAGUCGUGAACGCCCGGACAGCCCUCCUGAAGAACAUCAAAGAAGGAAACAACAAAAACAGAAGCAAACCAUAUCAAAGCCCCUCCAAAGUCUCCACCUCAGUAUCCAAGGAAUGGUUGAAGAUCAAGUAUAUCAAGACUGACCAUUCUUCCCGUCAGAACUGGUCUCACCGUUUGACCCAUUUUCUCAUCAAUCUCAGCACGUUACUCGUACCAUUAGCUGCGACCGCCCUGCGCUGACUGGGCCUUUAAGGUACAUAAAAUGUCUGUGAAUUUUAAACGGCUGUCCCUACCGAUCACCAAAUAGCAUUCACCUUCUACUAAGAGGAAAGGCCAGUUUGUUUUAACUCCAGCCCGCUGCAGUCUUCUGGACUCUUCUCUCCGCAGCGGCUUCACUUGGUGUGGCUGCGCCCGAGCUGCUUUGAGCUUGUCGUUAGGAAACCAAACACUGUUUUCUAGCAUCGCUUUUCAUCUUGGUGAUAUUGAAAAUGCUUCUUUUUUACAAAUUGAGUCUGAUAUAUGAUUUCCUGGGGAUUUUCCUCUGGACUUUUAAUUUUAAAUAGCUUCUGGGACUGCAGAAUGCCAACGCAAAGUUCUUCUGAAUUUCAGUUUUGCUUAAGGCCUUUAUCACGCCUAACGUAAUUAAACAUAGGUGUAUUCUUGCAACAGAACUAGCGUCAUAUAAACGAGGAAUUGUGCAUGGUAGUGUCAGCCCCAUAGACGUGACAGCUCAGAGCGCAUGUGGCCCUGUGUAAACCCUGUGCCAGUUUCAUCACUGUCACUGAAGACCACACUGGUCAUCUCAUUCAAGUUCAUUGUGCAGAUGAGCAGUUACAGCAGAGAGGUCUUGAGCUUCUGUUCCCGUACAGGUGGCUUGUUGGAAUUUAGCCCGAUUUUGGUUCUUAGGCCUUGGAACUCAGUUAACCUUCAUUGUUAAUGUGAAGGGUGGCCAUGAACUACUUCAUUUAUGUAAAAGAAAGAAAAGAAAGUUAAGUUUCAGGGUCCUAGAAUUUGUCCAAGUGCCACAAUCCUUGAGUAGAAUAUUAAGGGAUAAUAAGGCAUGAUUUGCAAUGCAAAGGUUUUCGGUACGAACUCCAUACAAAACUGUGUAGACCUCUGUGUGUUAAUUUAAAUUCUCGGUGCACAUAUGGACUUUGUAGUUCAACCUGAUGAAAGCUUCAGCCAGUUAGGAUUUCAAAGUAUAUCGGUGAGAGUAACAAGUUGUGGCAGCAUUCCAUGAGCUAAAAAAAAAUUGAUGGAGAAUUUCAUUUUUCAGAAAAGAAUGAAAAGUUUCGAACAGCUCUUAUUAAAGAAAAGUCAUUGCCUCCACAUCUGAGUCACCAAGAAAUCACAGUUUUAAAGCUUGUUAGAAAUCCCUUGAGGCCUUUCCAACUAAUUGCCCAUCCUCCCUAAGCACUUUAACACACACCCUCCUGUUUCCCUUCUGUUUCCCUUUGUGGCUUCUUCUGAAUUAGUGUUCUCAGCUGUCAGCCCUCUUUCACUCCAGCUCAUCAUUUCAUUUCUUCACACAGAUGUGUCCUUGGCUGUUAGCCUGUUAGCUUAAACGUCCAGGCCUAGAGUAUUGUGCUGCUACCCGGGAUAAAUUGCUGGAAUUCUUUAGGUUGCACACUAUCCUUUAAGGCUUACAUUUACCUCAGGAAACUUACUCUAGUAUGUUCUCAUGCAUUGAACUCUCAACUGGUAAGGAAUUUCUUUGUAUCCAUGAAUAAGCCAGUACCUGGAUCACUGUUAGUCAAAAGAGCCAUAGCUAAGGCAGCUAAGUUUCUGAAAGACAGCCAGAGCACGUAAGCGGCCCCCCGAGCCCUGAAUCAGUAGCCGCUCACCAGAGAACAGUGACCGAGGGGGAGGGAGGUAUUUCAGUCCCAAGUUAGAGAGGGUGGAGCCGUGUGCACAUUGCCUCUGACAUUGACAGCGACAGUGCCCUUCUCAAAAGCAGUUUCCGUAGGCGCUGGAAUGUCACUCCCUUCUCCGCUGCACGCCAUCUAGCUCGCUCUGAGUCUGCCAACGUUUUUGUAAAACUUUGGAAAAUGAGUUUAGCUGAGAAAUACAGCUACCCACCUUCCCUUGCAAGUUUUGCAAAGGGAAGGAGGGUUCACACGUCUCAUAUUUGGUACUUAGCACAACUGUAGGGUAGUAAUGUUUGCACAUUGGUGUUUCCAUUUGACAUUUCUAGAAAAGACAAAAAGUUUAAAUUUGUGACGUGGGUAAGUUAGAUUCUGUCUAACAAGCAGUGCAAUAUUAAGCCGUGCCAAAAAGGCUCUGUUGGUGAAAUGACUUGUUGGCAGGUUGGACGGUGUGGGUUCGCGCCCUGCAUUGAUUUCCCACAGGGCCAUCGUCCCCUCUGACUGAAUGCAGAGUCUCUAAAGAAACCCUUUGCUCUUACGAGGUAAUUUGCAUAUUUGCUUUCUGUUGAAAUAACUGAAAAUGUUAGAUCCAAUGGUUGUUUAUGUCUUGUAUAGAGAGUGUCAUAUGUAUUUAAGUUGCGUAUUUUUAUAAAAUAAAGCCAAAAACCAAACACCGG